CGCACGCUCAGGCGACGAAUCUUGAUCGGACCAACGGGUAGAGUUGCACUCUCGCAGCUAAUAUCGUCAUCCACCCAUCUCACGCGGUGGACGGAGACAGACCGCGAUCUCUUCAUCGCCAUGGGCAGCCCUGCAGACCAGUUCAAGCUUGCGCCCUCGGACGACCCAUUGAGUGCAUUCCGCGAUGAGUUCGUCAUCCCCACGUUCCGUCAGAUGAACGCGACCGCCGUUUCGGCAGAGCUCGCCGACCAGCCAUGCACGUACUUGUGCGGGAACUCGCUCGGCCUCCUGCCGAAGCGCGCGAAGAAGCUUGUGCAGGAGGAGCUCGAGGUCUGGGGAACGAGGGCAGUGGAGGGCCACUUUGACCAUCCACACGGCCGGAGCUGGAUGUACAUCGCGGAUACGGUGCACCCAUACUUUGCGGACCUCGUAGGAGCGAGCGAGUCCGAAGUCGCCUGCAUGGGCACGCUCACCGCGAACCUGCACCUGAUGCUCAACGCCUUCUACAAGCCCACUCAGGACCGCUACAAAAUCCUCUGCGAAGCCAAGGCGUUCCCCUCAGACCAGUACGCGUUCGCGACGCAAGUCGCCUCGCGCGGCCUCGACCCCUCGGACGCGAUCAUCGAGCUCUCCCCGCGCCCGGGCGAGCACACGCUCCGCACCGCCGACAUCCUCUCCGCCAUCGCGCGCGCGGGCCCGUCCAUCGCGCUCGUCCUCCUCCCGGGAGUCCAGUUCUAUACCGGGCAGUACUUCGCGAUCGCAGAUAUCACCGCGGCUGCGCGCGCGCAGGGCUGCGUCUGCGGCUGGGACCUCGCGCACGCGGUGGGCAACGUCCCGCUCGCGCUGCACGCGUGGGGCGUCGACUUCGCGGUGUGGUGCACGUAUAAGUACCUCAACGGCGGUCCGGGGGCGAUUGGCGGGCUCUUCGUCCACGCGCGCCACGCGGACCUGCCCGUCGCACAGGCGGGGUGGUGGGGCCACGAGCCCGCGACGCGCUUCGACAUGCCACCGCGCUUCCAAGCGAUCCGCGGUGCGCAGGGCUUCCAGCAGAGCAACCCGUCCGUGCUCGCGACGGCGGCGCUGCUCGGCGCCGUGCGCGUGUUCCGGGACGCGGGUGGGAUGGAGCGGCUGCGCGCAAGGUCGGAGCGGCUCACGGGGUACUUGGAGGCGCUGCUGAAGGCGAGCAGGUUCUAUGCGGAGCCGGUGCAGGCGUUCGAGAAGGAGAAGGAGGAGCUACGGGUGUCAAUUAUCACCCCUUCGAAUCCGGCGGAGCGGGGGGCCCAGCUGUCUCUGGUGUUCCUCCCGACUGGCCGGGGUAUCAUGCCGCGGGUGCUGAAGGGUCUGGAGGCUCGGGGCGUCGUGGGUGAUUCGCGCAAGCCGGAUGUUAUACGGCUGGCACCCGCGCCCCUCUACAACACCUUUGAGGAUGUCGAGCAGGCUGUUGGAGUGCUUGACGAGGUGCUCGGGGAGGUCGAGCAGGAAGGUGUGCCUCCUGCUCCAGCAGAAACCGACCCUGUAGAAGAGGAGAGGCUAGACAAAGCAGAUGACCGCCCGUAAACAUGGAGUGAAGGGUGUUUGUGGUAGAUACGGGCCUUGUAGCGUGUUUAUGUAGGAUCCAAUGUAUUCCAAUGGCCACGAAGUAAUAUACAGCGGGACCUCAUGGAGUCUAUCUUUCCUGUCUCGACCAAUUCCGCUCCAUCUAUUCGACUUAAGUAACCGCCAGAUCCAGGUACCGAAUGCUAUCCUCGCGCCCACGGCUUUCCCGGAAGCGAAGGAUUCAAGCACUGCAAUCGACGGAACCGAGCCCUCGGUGAUCAACGAACCGUCCAAGAGGACUGGACGUAUGGAGGGAUCGACGUACAUUCAAAUUCAUCUCCACCUCGUCAAAUCAACUGUCCCAGAACCUCAAAGUGGGGCAGCCGCAUCCACGGUGACAAAGUCGGCCACAAUGCGAGGAUAGACUACGCCCGCUAGAAGCUCGUUGUGGUCUUCGCUCAGCUCGUCGAAGUUCUUGCUGACCUUCGGACGCGGACUGGCGGUGGUUGCUGGCACGUCCGACGUGAUCGCCAUCGAGGAGAGGUGGGCAUACAUUAUGUCGCUCUGGAGCUGAUCGACCAGCACGUCGCCGGAGGAGUGGAGGACAAGCCAACGUAUAUGCUCGCCGCCGGGCUGGACUGGGUAGGAGGCUACGUUAACGUCGGGGUACGCAGCGUGGUCUCCGAAGGUGUCGGCGAUGAACCACUCCCUGUAUGCGGGAAAGGAACGGAGGAGUGCGUCGACGUCGUAAAUUCCCUCCGAGACGACGACGGCGCGGACCGCCAGGAGAAGGCUUGGAGAAGGCGUCAGCUCAGGGAAGGGCGAGGUGAGGAGUAUCGACGCCAGGAUGUGGGCAGAGCAGCUGUGACCCAAUAGGUAGAGUCGGGUGGGAGGAGGGUCCUCUGCGGCGGGUCCGGACCAUGUGGUGAGGAAGUGGAGAAAGCGCAGGACAUCGCUGGCGUGUGCGGGGUGCUGGAGGGGGGUCCGCGGCGUGGUGAGGCGGUAGUUUGGGACGGCGACGGGGAAGCCGGAGAGGCGAGCGAGGCUGCGUGCAAGGUCCGCGUGCUGGGACUUGUCUUCGCUUCUCCAGGCACCUCCGUGGACGAAUACGAUGAGUGGGGCUGGGCGUACACUGCCCGGUGCCGCGUGGAAAUCGAAUUUGUGCAGGGCCUCAGGUCCGUACGCGAUCUCCAUCGUCGUCGUCGCGUCUGAC